UGGUAGGACUGGUACCAAGGAGGAAGCCACAUCCACACAGGACAGGAAGAGCUCUGACAUCAACAAACUAAGUUUAAGGGAUCUACUCUGCAUCUGCAUUGAAGUGCUGUUAUGGCAGACAUGGUAGGAGUUAUUGGGGCAGUUGCUCCCACACGCCAGUGCUCCAUUGAGAUUAGAAAUGAAACCAAGGACUUCAGCCUUUGUAAUCCCAGGAUGCACAUUGUGAGUGGACACUGUGCCAUACCUCUGCCACCUUUCAUCGAUCCUUCCAAAUCUGACAUGGCGCAGUUUGUCAAGACUCCACACUCAGCACGUGGAUCUGUUGGUGUCUUCACUUAUGAUCUCCUGAAGAAGGUUGCAGACCAGCCCGCUGAGAAGAUAGCUGUCAUGUUCUCUGUGCCCUAUGACUUUAACAUGUACUCAAACUGGUAUGCAGUGGGAAUCUUUGAUAAGAGCAAAGAGUGUAAUGAUAAUCUUUAUUAUGAGAUGUAUAAUAACACACACCAGUCAUUUGUCAGAGAUAAAGCAAACUCAUGUCUGACUCAUAAGGGUGAUCAUGUGACAGUCACGGCUACAAUGUCAGACUCCUACCAACCUGUCAUUAAACUGCAAGUCAGAGAUCACUGAGUAGACAGUGACUCAAAUGUAAAAUGACAAUCAAUUCAUUGAGUCAUUUGUGUAUUUUACUACAAUUAUAUUGUCAUUUUACACAUGAUUACACAGAUGGUUUUGGGCUGUCAGAGUAACAUACUGAUCGAGAAAAAUCAAAACAUUGUUCCAAUUCAUUUAAUAGCUGUAGGCUAACUGGUUUUGAAAUGCAGAAGUUUGAAUACCUCUCCUCUUUAGCACCAAAAAUAAAGCAGAUAAUACUGAUAUCAGUCUAGAUUUAAUGUAAGGACAAUCUGAACAAAAGGUAACAGUUUGCAGUUUACUCCACAGAUUAGAACAGACAUUAAUGAGGGUCUAAAGUUGGGUCUCAAUGUAAGUUUUGCUUUACGUUUUUUUUUAAAUUUUGGCUGUGUUUGAUCUAAGCUGAUAUCUGUCGAAUCUGUAACACCAAAUAAAUCUGUAAAUUCUGUCUGUAAUAACAUAAUAUAAUCACACACAACUUAUAAAUCAUACAAAAUAAUAUCAACAAUAAGGCUUUAUGUUUCUUAACAUAGAUACAUAUUGAUACAUAGAUUCUAAAUAUAUGCAGUCAUGUGCAAUUUUCAAUUUAUUCCACUAAAUAAUCAACAUGAAAUUGCUGGUAUCCAAAUAAAAAAUUAAACAAAACUUUUUCAACUUGUUUUUGUUUUGAAUUUUUUUUCA